GUUUGCUAAUACAUUUCGGGGUUGUUUUGCAGGUGUUUGACUUAAUGCGAAAGCAGGAACAAACUCGCCUUGCUGAGUUAGAUGCUGAGAAAGUUCAUUUUGAACUUAUUCAAUCUCAAGGAGAUAUUGAAAGGCAGCAGAAAAUGGCUGAAGAACAGCGAAAUCUAAUGCAAGAGCAAGCUCAGAAACAGGCCCAGGUGCUGCGAUAUGAAGAUGAAUUGGCAAGGAAAAGAAUGCAGACAGAUCAUGAAGCUCAAAGGCGACACAAUGUUGAAUUGGUCAAGAUGCAAGAGGAUUCUUCUGUAAGAAAGGAGCAGGCAAGACGGGUUACUGAAGAACAGAUUCAAUCUCAGCAGCGUCAGACUGAAAGAGAGCGUGCUGAGAUAGAAAGAGAAACUAUCAGAGUUAAAGCAAUGGCAGAGGCUGAAGGUCGAGCGCUUGAAGCAAAAUUGACUGAGGAUCAUAAAAGGAGAAUGCUUAUAGAACGGAUGCAGGGUGAAAGAGAUAAAUGGCUUGCUGCGAUCAACACAACCUUUGGUCAUAUUGAAGGUGGUUUAAGGGCCUUGUUGACUGAUAGGGACAAAUUGGUUAUGACUGUUGGGGGAGCUACUGCAUUAGCUGCCGGAGUAUAUACAACUAGAGAAGGUGCUAAAGUUACAUGGGGCUAUAUAAAUCGGAUUUUGGGGCAGCCAUCAUUGAUCCGGGAAUCAUCCAUGGCAAAGUUUCCAGGCUCAAGAAUCAUAUCUCAAGCCAAAAAUAGAGUCUUGAAUUAUAGUACUAUGGCCAGGGCAGAAAAGCCUGUUGAGAGUCAAAAUGGUGGUCUUGGAAAUGUAAUCCUCCAUCCAUCAUUGCAGAAAAGAAUAGAGCAUCUUGCACGGGCAACAUCAAAUACCAAGGUUCAUCAGGCACCAUUCCGUAACAUGCUUUUUUACGGGCCUCCUGGGACUGGUAAAACCAUGGUUGCAAGGGAAAUAGCUAGGAAAUCGGGUUUGGAUUAUGCUAUGAUGACUGGAGGAGAUGUUGCACCUUUGGGCCCACAGGCUGUUACCAAAAUUCAUGAGAUAUUUGAUUGGGCCAAGAAAUCAAGAAAGGGUUUAUUGCUUUUCAUUGAUGAGGCCGAUGCUUUCCUGUGCGAGCGUAACAGCACUCACAUGAGUGAAGCUCAACGAAGUGCACUAAACGCAUUGCUUUUCAGAACUGGUGAUCAGUCUAGAGACAUUGUACUUGUCCUUGCCACCAACAGACCCGGUGAUCUUGAUAGUGCAGUCACUGAUCGCAUUGACGAAGUGAUUGAAUUCCCCCUCCCUGGAGAGGAGGAACGUCUAAAAUUAUUGAAGCUCUAUUUGAACAAUUAUCUAUGUACUGACAAUAAUGGCUCCAAGAGAGGCAUGUUGCUGAAGAAGCAGACCCAGAAGAUUACGGUAAAAGAUUUAUCCGAGGAUGUGCUAAGAGAGGCUGCCAAGAAAACAGAGGGAUUUUCUGGGCGCGAGAUAGCCAAACUUGUGGCCGGUGUCCAAGCUGCUGUUUAUGGGCGCCCAGACUGCACCUUGGAUUCUCAGUUGUUCAAAGAAAUCGUAGAUUAUAAAGUGGUGGAACAUCAUCAGCGAUUAAAACUGGCUGUCUUGUGAUUUCUACCAGUAUAUUUUUGACCGAUGGGGCAUGUUCAUUCAUUAAAAUAUUUGUUACGAAACCAGGCCUCGGGAGUGUAGCAUGAUACCAGGCCUUUGAUAGCGAACGAGCUCGUUGCCUUCUAGAUUAUUUGAACCAAAUAUAGUCAAAAUUGUAGUUUGUAAUUCGCAUAGUUUUGCGAUGAAUUGAUUUAUGUUGAGGUCUAAUAAAUAAGAUUCUAAAAAAUUAAAUUGCGAAAUA